AUGAAUUAUUCUAUACCAACAGGAUUCAAUGAAAAGAGACUUUCUCCUCCUAUUCACAAUAAAAAUAGAAAAAGAGAAAUUCAGAGUGGUGAUUCAGAUACAAGAUUAAGACAGCUUGAGGCACAGGUUGAACAACUUACACUACAAAAUGUUAAGUUACAGAGAACAAAUCGAUUACUGAAAAUAGAUACAGAUAAUUUAAUUGAACAAAGGACAAGUCCCUUAGAAAAGACAAUAGAAGAAUUAACUAUCGUAAAUGUUAAACUUCAACGUCUUUCACGACUAUUACAACUUGAAUUGGAUGAAAAGACAAAGGAACUAAAUGAAUUUAAACAAAAUCAAAUACUUCAAAUGAAGUCGGUUGGCCCUGAAUAUGAAUUUUUAGUGCAAAAUAUUAAUUUACUUCAAAGACAGAUUGCAGGACGUCCUAUUUGUGAUGAUACUUGCUGUUUUACUAUGAAACCAAUUGAUCAAUCCACUAUGGUUAUGACUUUACCUUCAACAAAUAAUGAUGAAAUAACUGAGAAUGAAGCGAUAGAGGCUCAACAUAUUUGUAGACCCAUUAUUCAUUCAAAUAUCUCACAAGGCUCUUAUGCCAUUGAAUUAGAAAAAAAAAUCUACCAUUUAAAUCAAGCGAUAGAAGAAUUAUACGAGGAAAAAGACCAGAUGUUUCGGCAACAGUCAUUGAAAGACAAUGAUUUUGAAACACUUAAAAAGGAAUUAAGGAUCAAAGAUGAGAUUGUGACACAACUAGAACAAGAUUUUAUGGGGUUAGAAGAUCAAAUUGAGCACCUUCAGAAGGUUCUUCAAGAUCAAAGUUAUACAAAUAAUGAUGAUAACACAUGUAGUUUAAUCACUUCACCACCUAUAACUCAGAGUGAUCCAAAAAGACAAUCAUAUAUGUUAAUGGAAUCUAAACGAAGGUCAUUAGCUAUUAAAGAUACCGAAUUAUUAGAACAGAUGCUUAGAGGUGAUCUAGAAAUAGGGUUUCAGCAUAAACAAAAUCCCAAGACAUUAUCGUCGUUAAAGUAUAGCAACUAUACCGAAGAAGAUGCUGAAAGGAAAAGUAGUAUCGAAAGUAUAAUCGAAGAAGACGAUGAUAUUACUUUUAAUAACAAAUCAUCAUCGUUAUCAUCAUUAUCUUCUUCUUCUUCGAUUGUAACUAGUAAUACUCUAUCAUUGAAUACCAACUACAUUGACCAAAAAGAAACAGAAGAAGAAGAAGAAAUAGAAGGUAUUAAUAAUACGUCUUGUAAUAAUGGAAUUCCUUGUACUUUUCCAUCUAAAAAUCAUUUAAUAUCAUCAUCGUCUCUACUAAAUAAUAAUACCGACAAUAAUCUUAAUAAUAAUAAUUGUAAUAGUAAAAAGCCAAAAUAUGGCCCCUUUUUGUUAUUUGCAGGUAUGGCCAUAAACUUAGGAUUCGCUUCUUGCUUAGGGAUCACGGAUGAUUGGACUGAAUUUAACGAUGAGGUUGUUGUAAAUACUAGACCAAAGAUGGCUUGGGAUGACGAAGAAAGUGAUGACAAUGAUAAUCAAGUAAAAGAAUCCUGGGAUGAAUCUGAGGAAGAAGAGGAAGAAAAACAAGUACAACCCGUAAAAAAGACCGAAACUGUUACUAAAGCACCUGCCAAAAAGAAUUUGACUUUGAAGCAAAAGAUUGCUGAAAAAGAAGCUUUAUUAAAAGAACAAAAAGCAAAGAAAAUUGCAUUGGCUAAUCGUUUCUUAGAAGGUGAAACUGAAGAAGAAAAGUUCGAACGUGCUCAAAAAGAAGCAGGUAUUAAAAAGGAAGAAUCUGAUGACAUCCAAGUAGAAGAAGUCUCUAAGAAAGCACCUUCAAAGCCUGUUGAAUCUAUUAAGCCUAGAACUCGUGCUGAUUUUGAAGAAUUCAAACAAUUAUUGACCGACAUGAUUCUUCAAACCAAGGGUAACUCUGCAUAUGCAUCAUUUAUUGAACAGCUUGCUAAAGACCUUUCUGCACCUAUGAAGGAUAUGGAUGUUCGUAAAGCUGCUUCUAGUUUGACUGCUCUUGCUAAUGAUAAGCAACGUCAACAAAAGGAAGCUCUUAAGCAUAGUAAAAAGACAAAGGGUAAAGUUCAACCUGCUAAGGCUGCUCCUGCACCUACUAGAGAGUACUCAAGUACCUAUGAUGACUUCGAUGAUUUCAUGUAA